AUGCUCCUGAUGGUGCCGGCCACAGCUAUUAUCGUUCGCCAUCAUGAGCCUGAAAACGAGCCGUGGCAGCUUCACUCGAUCACAAUUCGAAGCCCACAUAUUCGAAAGGUUAUGGCCGCUGUGUUCCAAGACUACCCAGGCAUUGAUGCGAAACUCGAAGACAUGACCUUUAGAGCGCCUUUCCAAGAGCUCUUCUUCAGAUGGGAUAAGUUCCUGGACCUACUGCAAGAAGAGGCUGAUGAGACCGUCAUCGAGCACUGUAACCUGUUGAUCGACACAAUGAAAGAGACUCUGCAGCCCAAACUCGAGCGUGCUGCUGACCUCAAAUCUCGAGACCUGAUCGAAUUUGAGUAUCUCUGGACUCUCUUUGAGCCUGGAACCGAGGUGUACUCUAACAUCGACGAUCGUCAUCGACUGUAUAUCGUCGACGAUAGCUAUCCUGUGGAGGCAGAGUACGACAAGACGGAAUUCGUCGUUCAUUGUAGAUAUGUCGAUUUCGACGGAGGCAAGCUUGGUUUCGACACGGCGAAGCGCAAGAUUCCCGUCUUCAAAGGCGUGAAAGCAAUCACGGAGUUGCCAAUCUACCCAAGUGCUGCUCGCACAGACAUUGUGGCUAUCAGGAAACAGCUCGACCAGCAGGGCCAGAAGAUGCUUGCUCAUUGCUGUGUUCGCUUUGUGCAAUAUACUGGCUUUUGCUUGGAGUACGACGACUUCAACCAAGAUCAGAACCAGAAACCGAAAUGGAUUGACCAUGAAAGAAUCGUCAUCGAUGCGAGAUCCUGGACGCAGCAGAACGUUUCCAUGGCACCUGUUCUUGACCCGAUCAGCUCGGCUUACUGUGCACCCUUUGUCCGCGGCUUCAACUUGAAGACCAAGAAGUGGGUGGCGUGCUUCGUGGACGGUGUCGAAGAUAUUGAAUGGAAUGAUCAUGCUUUCGAGAAGUUGCUACUGCGUCAACAGUACAAAGACAUGAUUCUAGCCUUCAUGGAAAGCCAUAUCCAAGCCAAGGAUCAAUUCGACGACAUCAUCAAAGGGAAAGGACAAGGCUUCGUCAUGCUUUUGGAGGGCGAAGCAGGCGUGGGCAAGACUUUGACCGCCGAAUCGAUCGCCGAGCAGAUGCAUCAACCUCUUUACUCCUUGUCCGCAGGAGAGCUCGGCACGACUACAGAGUCCGUUGAUCAUGCUUUGCAGAGAGUCCUUGAUCUCUGUGCCAAAUGGCAUGCUGUGCUCCUUAUCGAUGAAUGCGACGUCUACUUGGAGCAGAGAUCGGUCUCUGAUUUGGAGAGGAAUAAGCUGGUGGCAGUUUUCCUCCGUCUACUCGAAUAUUACGCCGGCAUCAUGCUGCUGACCACCAAUCGUGCCUCAUCAAUCGACACAGCCUUUCAGUCUCGCAUUCACUUAUCGAUCACUUAUCCAAAACUCACCCAAGCCUCUCGAAAAGCAAUCUGGCAGACCUUCACAGACCCGCGGGAGCCUUCUGAAAAACAUUAUACCGAUGAUCCAAUCAGUGAGGAUCAGCUCGAUACGCUUUCGAAGAUGGAUCUCAAUGGUAGAGAGAUCAAAAGUAUUGCCAGGAGUGCAAGACUGCUGGCUGCAAGAGACGAGAAGCCCUUGAUUUUCGAACAUGUUCAAGCUGUGCUGGACGUCAAGAAAGGUGGAGUCACGGGCGUGCCGAAGGUGGAAUUAUGGCGUGCGGCCUUAGCUGCCCUUUUGAUGGGGUUGGUCACGGCGUGGUGGGUAUAUGGUAGGUUUGCUGGGCGACCUGCAUCUACCAUCUGUACUGUCAGCUACAAGGGUUCAACUCCGACCCUCACGAAAUGACUGCAACACGACGGGGUAGAGGGUUGAAACGGUAUUGGUACUUGGAGCGUUCAAGGGUAGCCGUAGCCAUCCAACUCUGAUCGUUGU